AUGAUGAAAGAUUAUUUCAUUGAGCGGCCGAGAUUUCCUGCUCAUGAUUUUCGGAGGCAGUUUCGGAUGAGGAGAGAGCUUUUUGAAGGCAUCUUGAACGCAAUUGUCAAUCAUGACCACUACUUUGCAAGGAAGAUAGAUGCCGUAGGCCGACAAAGUCUAUCACCUCAUCAAAAGCUCACAUUUGCAUUUCGAAUGCUAGCUAAUGGGUGCUCUGCUGACUCAACUGACGAAUAUUGCCGACUUGCGGAGAGUACUGCUAUUGAGAACCUGAAGCGCUUAUGUCAAGCAAUUCAAGCCAUCUAUGGAGCCAUAUACCUCCGCAAGCCAACUCAUGAAGACUUGAAAAGGCUUCUACGCAAGGCAGACAAAAGAGGCUUCCCUGGCAUGAUAGGAAGUCUUGAUUGUAUGCAUUGGGAGUGGAAUAAUUGUCCUACUGGUUGGGCUGGCCAAUUCAAGGGCCGUCAUAACAAGCCAACCAUCGUGCUUGAGGCUUUGGCAUCUUACGACACAUGGAUUUGGCAUGCAUUCUUCGGCUCUCCCGGAUCAAACAACGAUAUCAACGUUCUUUGGUCUUCUCCUCUGUUCGAUGAGGUUGUGAAUGGAUGGGCACCAGAAUUUCGAUACAACUUAAAUGGUAAUAGGUAUGAGCUAGGUUACUACCUAACUGAUGGUAUUUAUCCUAGUUGGUCUACCUUUGUCAAAAGUUUUUCUCAUCCCGAUAGUGCAAAGAAGAAAUUAUUUUCGCAGAGGCAAGAGUCUUACAAGAAGGAUGUGGAAAUAAUCUUCCCCAUUGUUGGUCUGCAUCGGUUGCCCACCUUGGACAAUCCUUGA